GCGAACAUGAAGUAACGUAAAAGACAUUUCUGACUGAAAAACUCUUCUUUCAGAUUCUUGCCUGAAAAUAUGUUCCGUCAAACUAUGUUAGUUCAAUUGACUUUUGUACUCAUACUGUAUACGAGAUGGAUUCUCGGGGCUCAUGCUGUGCCAGAUGCAUGCUCCAUAUGUAUUUGCUAUCCGUCUGGAAUUGUAAAUUGUGAAAACCGUCGAUUAAGUUCGGUCCCCUACAAUAUCCCCUCGAGUACUACCUCUUUAACCCUUUCCUGGAAUUAUUUCACGGACAUGCAACCCGGACCGUUUGCAAAUCUCUACAAUUUAAAAACAUUAGAUUUGAGUGAUAACCGAAUAAAAGACUACGAGGAUGGUGCUUUCUUAUUCCUCCCCAACAUAAUUCAAAUUGACCUCCGUAGCAAUAAGGAUAUGAUUUGUGGAUGUCAUCUGCCAGCCUUGGUGAAAUAUAUGAAAAAUAACCAUAGCAGAUAUAUGGACGUCAAGGGCAAGUGUCAGACAGAUGUAGGCAAAAGAAUACCAAUACUGAAAUAUUCGCAAUGUUCAAAUUACUCGUUAUUUCAACAGAAUUUACAGUGUCAGACAUGUUCGGGGAUGGUGUGCAAUGAUUCAGAGGUGGCCAGCUGCCCAGGACCAGAGCCUGUUUGUCGGUUGACUGUAUCAAUGAGUGGUAUCACACUGAAGUUUGAAAGGUCCUGCGGUACAUACAGAAAAUGUCUUGAUGUUAUGAGAAACAAUACCGUUACUUGCAAUAAAUGGACCAAUGGCACUUCUUGUGUUGGUUGUUGCGUCGGAAACUUAUGCAACAAGAAAGAUUUCAUCGGCUGGACCAAUAACUUUGAAUUCUAUCUGGUUUUCAAAGAGCUCAACAAAAACCAAAUCUUUGAAAACAUGUCAAUAUCUAUUGAGCACGAGUUAUCAAACUUGACGGGAACAUUCAGAGUUGAAUAUUGCGGUUCAGAGGAAAGAAAGAAUAUAUUUACUAUACAUUGUGACGUGAUCAGAGCUAUUACCAAGGAUAAGCUGUUACUCAGCAUACACCGUGUUUUAAACACAUCACAGACAUUGUAUGACUUAGGAAUUCAACAACAUGAUGUAGAAUUAAUUGAUGGAAUGGUUUGUAAUGAAAACACAUCCUCAAAUAAUGGUACUUUCCAUUGGCCAGUGACCAAAACAGGAAGCAAUGCGACGCUCCCAUGUCAUGCAAAUGUAGCAACGAGAUACUGUUCACCAAGAACGGUGGGACAUCUAGAAAUGGCAUCAAGCCAAUCUAUGACACCACUAAAAUGUUCACCAUUUACUGGUAUCUGGCAAGAACCAGACAUGUCUCAAUGUUACAAUACAGAGUGGAUCACUCAGCGACUGGGGAACAUCAGAAGCCAACGCAUCGAUCAAGGGAAUAUCGAGGAUAUUUCGAUAAAGGUCUCUAAUGUUUCGCAGAAAUCAGAGUAUUUCAAGACACAAGACGUUGACUUAGCUGUAGAUAUCCUUGAGAAAAUGGUGCCGGUGAUAUCGAACGUGUCGGCCAAUGUGACACUGAGUAACAUACUUCUUAGUAUCAACGAUAUGAUGGACACACCGGAGAAGGUCUUGGCUGAGGCAGAACAAGCUAGCAGAAGCGUCAGCAGAUUGCUGGACAUUAUAGGAACGAUCCCGGGAAAAAUUCCACUGGAAGAGCCGCAAGUCACAUCUAUAUAUUCUAAUCUUGGCAUUGCUGUUGCCAAAGUGUAUCAGGAUACUUUCAGUGGUCUUUUCUAUGGAGUUUCAUAUGGAACUAACGGAACGGAAGCACUGCUCUAUAACCACUCAUACCCUGGUCCACGACAAGAUGAGAUACAGACAAUUUCUUUUAUUUCAAUACCAGAAAGUUUACCAAAACAUCUGAAAGUCGAAGAAAGAUCAGCCUUUUCAAGGAUUUUUUUUUUCUCCAUGAAGAAUGAUAAGCUCUAUAGGAUAACACAAAACUCCAGUGCCGACGCAGAUACUAAUAUUAACAGCUAUAUUCUUGCCGCUAGUGUUGCUAACAUUCGAAUAAACAACCUUGAUGAACCAGUUAACAUAUCAUUCAUUUUAAUACAUCAGAAUGCCACCAACCCAAAAUGCGUUUAUUGGGAUGAGACCCCGGGAGAGGCUCCCCAUUGGUCAACAAAAGGCUGUAAAAUAUCCGAUUGUGUACCUGGAAAAGAAGUAGUUUGUUCCUGCGACCAUCUUACAAGUUUUGCCUUAUUAAUGGAUGUUCACCGGAAUGAAGACGAUGUAAAACAUGUCAAACCUUUAUCAAUUAUAUCUUUCAUUGGCUGCGGAAUAUCAUUUGUCUGUCUUGUUCUUACAGUAAUAAUUCACGUUUGUUUCAAAAAAUUAUGGAAUUUAAUUACCUCAAAGAUUUUAGUAAGUUUGUGUGUUCCUUUAGGUAUCACUAAUCUAAUCUUUGUUGUCGGGAUGCAACCAUACGUAGAAACACUGGCUGCUUGUAAGACAGUGGCUGCCCUGUUACACUACUUCCUUUUGACAUCCCUCACGUGGAUGUCUUUCGAGGCCAUUCACGUCCUCGUAAGCAUGGUUUUGGUAUUCAGAACAUAUCAGGCAUCUUUUAUGAAGUGGAGUUCAAUUUUGGCCUGGGGUCUUCCAGCUGUCAUUGUUCUAAUUACUCUGGUAAUUAACUACACAGACAAUUACGUUAGAAUUGGACAGGUCUGUUGGCUAUCCGAGACGUAUUUCCAUGCUACUUUCUUGGCUCCUGUGGCGGCAAUUCUCAUCUUAAACCUUACCAUAUUCUCUCUCAUUAUCUGGCGCCUUAUCUCAAUGCAAAAGAGUAAGAAAUUUGGACACAAAAGAAGAAAAGUGCGUGUUUUUGGCAUCGUUGGUCUCUUUUUCUUUCUGGGACUCACCUGGGUCUUAGCAUUCUUCGCUGUUGGCGAAGCAGCAGAAGUGUUUAAAUACCUUUUUGCUAUCUUCAACACCCUUCAAGGAAUGUUUAUCUUCGUAUUCUAUUGUAUAUACAAGAAAGAUACCAGAGACGUCAUCAUAAACUAUGUAACUACACGAAAGAGGGCGCCACUUCCCACCGGCAGAAAUAAAAGGUCUGGUAAUGAGACAGAAGACAAAACAGCAGAAAAAAAGUUAUAAACGAAGAUUGAACAUAAAGAGUGUCUCCAAAAAUCAUCUUUGAUUAUAUUUUUCGUCAUAAUAUAUUUUUCUAUAUAUAAAACAUUAAAUAUGUUUCUUGUAAAUAAAACAUUCUGCAACCG